AUGGAUGCAUUACGGUUUCUAAAUGAUGAUAAUAAGGGUGGUGAUGGCACUUUCUUUCCAACAGAUUCGGGACCAAGCCCACCUGGUGUAGGACAUCCUAUUAAGGGUGGUGAUGGCACUUUCUUUCCAACAGAUUCGGGACCAAGCCCACCUGGUGUAGGACAUCCUAUUAAGGGUGGUGAUGAUUCGGGACCUAGCCCACCUGGUGUAGGACAUCCUAAUAAGGGUGGUGAUGACACUUUCUAUCCAACAGAUUCGGGACCAAGCCCACCUGGUGUAGGACAUCCUAAUAAGGGUGGUGAUUCCACUUUCUUUCCAACAGAUUCGGGACCUAGCCCACCUGGUGUAGGACAUCCUAAUAAAGGUGUUGAUGACACUUUGUUUCCAACAGAUUCGGGACCAAGCCCACCUGGUGUAGGACAUCCUAAUAAGGGUGGUGAUGGCACUUUCUUUCCAACAGAUUCAGGACCAAGCCCACCUGGGGUAGGACAUCCUAAUAAGGGUGGUGAUGAUUCGGGACCUAGCCCACCUGGUGUAGGACAUCCUAAUAAGGAUGGUGAUGACACUUUCUUUCCAACAGAUUCGGGACCUAGCCCACCUGGUGUAGGACAUCCCAGGACUACAUAUUUUUAUAUGAAUUAA